UUUAUUCAGUUACUAGUAUCUUAUUUGCCCAUUUGGCGACAUCUGGGAAGAGAGUGUUUACAGUCUGGAUUCGUUCAUUUACUGUUUGCAAAAGAAACUUUCGCGUGCUGGAGAUAUUCUGUGAAAAUGAGUUGAAUUAAAAUAAUAUUGUUAAAUUAAUUCGAUUGAAGAUGCGAACUAACACGGCGGUAACGCCGCGGGUCUUCACCGCGAUUCAAAAUGUACAUAUAGUAGAACUUGCGACCUGUUCCCAGAAGGAAAUACGACCGAUUCUCCCUUGCUUGGUUAGGAUGAGCUUGAUUUCGCCGCUCGAUAUAACUAAAGAAUGUGCGGAAGGGAGAAAAGAAAUCUUGACCAUACUAUCCGGCAUUGAACUGGUCAAUUCGAUUGUAGCUCUACUCUCCAUAGAUUUUCAUGCACUUGAAACUGACGUUCGAAAGGAACAGCAAUUGAGGCAAAAGCUGGGAAGUGUACAAAGUGAUAGCAUUCUUGCGCAAUCGUUGCAGAGUGGGUUAGCUCUGGAAUUCGAACGCAGCGACUCGACUAGAAGGCUCCGUCUGGUACUUAGUGAAAUCCUGUUUAUUGCGUCUCAAGUCCAGGAACUUCAGAGAAACCAAGAAUUCCAGAUAAAACAGUCCGACUUGUUUGACAAUGCGGUCUACAUGGAAGAAAUAAGUGAUGUUGUAUGCAUAGCUUUGGCCGAACUUCCGGCUUUAUUAUCUAUUUUAGACAUAGCGGAGACUCUGCUACACGUUAAGCACGGUCCUGAGAUAAUUUGCUGGAUUGUUGCCAACAGUCCUGACAGUUUUGCUGAAGUCUGUACUCACCUCAUAGCGAACGGAGAGAGACAAGAAGAAUCUGCUCUAGGCAGAAUUCGAACACAAGCUCUGGCGAUGCUCUGUCAAAUGAAUCCCAGCCAGGCCCUAGCCGUCAGAGCAAAGUGCGUAGAAUUGUGCCGUAUGCCUGCACUUGCCGUCACUUUGAGUUUGGAACAUGAAAAUUUGGAUCAGCUACAGCCAGAAAGCGAUAUGGUUGCAUUUGUAUCAGGAUUGCUGUUAGGAAAUGACCAGCAAGUUAGAACAUGGAUUGCAAUGUUUGUUAGAAAUGGUCAGAAACGAAAAUGGGAAUCUCAUACAGCAUUGCAGUCUCUUAGAGAAGAACUGCUCCGGAGGUUGCAAGCAAUUACUUCUCAUAGUUCAGACAGGCAGUUGGCAGAGUCACACGUCGUUCAGGCUAGCACAUUGCUCAGGCUCUAUUGCGCACUCAGAGGAAUUGGAGGAAUCAAAUUCCAAGACGAUGAAAUAGCUAUGAUUGUCCAACUAUUGACUUCGCAUCCUCCCCCAUCUCCGGCUGGUGUUAGAUUUGUGUCUUUAGGAUUGUGUAUGCUGAUCGCUUGCCCUUCACUGAUUGGACACCAUAACCUAGAGAAGAGAAGCAUUGAAUGGGUGCAAUGGUUGGUCAGAGAAGAGGCCUACUUUGAGAGUGCAAGCGGAGUCUCCGCCAGCUUUGGGGAAAUGUUGCUCCUGAUGGCGAUCCACUUCCAUAGCAAUCAGCUAUCUGCAAUCUGUGAAUUGGUUUGUGCCACGCUUGGUAUGAAAAUAGCAAUCAGGCCAAACAACCUCACAAGAAUGAAGCAGAUAUUCACUCAGGAAAUCUUCACCGAACAAGUGGUCACUUCCCAUGCAGUCAAAGUUCCAGUAACAGCCAAUUUGAGCGCAAAUAUACCCGGAUUUUUGCCGGUUCAUUGUAUACACCAAUUGCUCAAGUCACGAGCUUUUGCUAAACACAAAGUGCCAAUUAAAAACUGGAUCUAUCGACAGAUUUGCGACAGUGUACCUCCGUUACAUCCAGUUCUGCCAGCCCUAGUGGAAGUUUACGUAAACUCAAUUUUAGUCAUCAAUAACAGAACAUCAGAACAUACAAACAAACCAAUAACGGAGGAUGAAAUAAGAAGGGUGUUUCAAAAUAGCGUGUUUGGGGCUAAUUUUGAUCCAAAAAAAUCUGUCCUUAGUAUCACCGAUACAGAGACGGAGUACAUGAACGUUGAUACAUUGAAACCAUCGCUCACUUCACAACUUUUACUUCUUUAUUAUUUGCUACUGUAUGAAGAUGUGAGACUCUCAAAUAUGCAUAACUUUAUAUCGCAAGGUAGAAAAGUCAAAUCAUAUUCUACAGAGUUUUUAUCUGAAUUACCUAUCAAAUACCUAUUGCAACAAGUACAGAGGGAUCAAAUGAGCUAUGCUGGAUUGUUUUCACCUUUGCUGAGGUUGUUAGCUACGCAUUUUCCGCAUCUAUCUUUGGUCGAUGAUUGGUUGGACGAAGAGAUGAUAAACAUAGACUCCAUGGCAAACAAUUACGAAAGUGUGAUCAUUAACGACGUUGCCAUUAUCGAGGCAUUUGGACAUAUCGAAUCUUGCCCCUCAAGAACAGGGAGAUUAUUGAGACAGCUUAUAGAUAUGAAACCCACGGACAUUUGGCCGCAUGCUGAAAUAAUAAUACAUUACUUCAAAGCAAUAUUGGACAAUAAGGUGCCCAGAUAUAUUCAAGAGUUAUACAAGCAAGUAUGGCUGAGACUGAACACAGUAUUACCAAGGUGUCUCUGGGUACUGUCGAUCAACGCAUUGCUCAUCGAAAAUACAAUGGUUAGAAACGUUUUUCUCACCCAAGAAAAUAUCGUGCUUGAUCCGCUACAAGUUUUACGCUGCGACACUAGAGUAUUUAGAUGUGCGCCGGUCCUGUCAGUGAUUCUUCGAAUUUUACAAGCUACAUUAGCUGCAUCUCGAUCUCAACUGUCCAGACACAUGCAGGACAGACCAUUGACGGAAAAAAUUGGUCAGCUUACUAGCGAAGUAGAAAGAGAAGAUCUUAGAACUGCUCUCGUUGCUGGACAAGAAAGCGCUGCUGUACAAAUUUUGCUCGAAGCCUGUUUAGAAACGGAAGAGGAUCGUAUAUUACCUGGCCAAAUGUGGUCCCUCAGGGAAAUAAGAAGCGUCGUUUGUUCAUACCUGCAUCAAGUUUUCAUUGCCGAUCCAUCGCUCGCUAAACUAGUUCAUUUUCAAGGAUACCCGAGGGAGUUGUUACCAAUUACUGUUUCCGGUAUCCCUUCUAUGCACAUUUGUUUGGAUUGGAUACCAGAGUUGUUGUCGCAGCCCGAACCAGAGAAGCAAGUGUUUGCUGUGGAUCUAGCAUCUCACUUAGCCGUUCAGUAUGCUUUGCCAAAAGCUCUGAGUGUUUCGCGUCUGGCCAUCAAUACUCUUGCGACGUUGUUGGGUGUUUUGCCAGCAAAGGGCAGAGUGAUAUUAUUCAUUCCAGUGUUACCAGCUCUCACACGUAUCUGUUUGGCAUUCCCACCGCUAGCUGAGGAUACGACUGCCCUACUGUUGCAAUUGGGUCGAGUUAGCCUGGCACAGGCAGCUCUAGGUGAUAAAUCUGCCGAAAUACUCUGCAGUGAAGUUAACAAAACUUUCAGCUCUUUAUUGCAAAAGGCCAUUCUUCAAUCUAGAGUGUUUUGAAAUCGACAAAUAACAAACAUUUAAGAAACUUGUAAAUAAAUUUUUAUAAAUAAAAGAAAAUAACUUUGUACAAAAA